AUGACGGCCGAUAGUGAGACAAGACCACUGAGGAUUGCCAUUCUUGGAGCCGGCCUAGUGGGUGCGUUUGCUGCAGUCGCUUUGUCAAAACUUCCAAACGUUGAAAUUACCGUUUACGAGAAAAGUCAAGGCAUCCGGGAGGUCGGUGCCGCAAUUACUCUUACCGAAGGUGGUUUGGUAACCCUUAGUAAGGUGUUCGACCUGGAGGAACUUGAACCAAUCUUGUAUAGAUCACCAAAACAUGGACACAUCACUAGACGUCAUUGGAAGACAGGCGAAUACUUUAAAGAGCCGGAACCAACACAUCCCGAUGAGCUCAAGUACUCUCAUGCAAAAGCCCAAAGAAUUCUACUCUUAGAGUUCAUUCUGAAGCAUGUGCCUGAAGGAUUGAUCAAGUACGAUCAUGAAGUGAAGGGUGUUGACGUGAAGCCUGAUGGGGCUACGAUUAAUUUCAAAGAUCGAACUCCAGUCAGGGCAGAUCUCGUCAUCUCUGCAGAUGGAAUUUAUUCCAAAAUACGUCGUCAGUUCACCAACGACAAGAUCAUUUACAAAGGCGCAGUCGCAUACAGAAAUGUUUUUGACGAUAGUAUUGUGAACGACAUUCCAGGUGUUCCAGACGACGUUACUGUCUGGAUCGGAAAAGGAUCAGCCAUGUUUAUGACCAGGCUCACUCCAGGGAAAUUCAAUGUCGCUGCACAUUUGAGAGAUCCUCCAGAUGUUGCUUCCAAGCUCAAAUGGGACAGAGGAACCGGUGAUUGGGGAAAACAACGUCUUAUUGAGCACUUCAAAGAUUGGGAUCCAGUCAUUGGUAAAAUUCUUGAUGUCAUGCCAGAGUCCAUUGCUUUCCCUUUGGAGCGUGCUCCAUGGCUGAGAAACCUAGUCGUUGGAAAUCGGAUAGUUUUCGUUGGUGAUGCUGCGCAUCCAACGUCUGGUGUGUAUGGUGCUGGAGCGAACAUGGGAUGGGACGAUGUCUGGGCUUUGUACAAGUCUCUUACGGAGACUUCUGACAGAGACUACGACUUGCCAAGUGCCCUUUUCUUAUUCAACGAGACUCGAGUCCCGUUCUUGAAACGCGUUGAGGAGCAGAUUGACAUCGAUCAGGCAAUCGGUGCAAAGUACCUUGCUACAGCCUCAGACGACGAUGAAUGGCGGAAGAGAAUUGAAAAAAGAGGUUUAUCAGCUAAGUGGAUAACUGCACACAAUGUUAACCUCGAGUUUGAAAAGGUAAGAGACAAGCAUUUCCUGGAUGUUUUUGCCUGA